AUGAAUUAAUAAUAAUCAGAUAUCCCACCAUCAAAGAAAACACAAUUUACUGGAUCCAUAGAUAAUCUAAUUUAUUAAACAAUCUCUAAAAAACCAAAUAUGUCUGAAUUUUUGAUAUAAGAAAUUUUAGAAGCCAGUGGAUUUUAGACAAAUGAUUAAAAUUGCUAUAAAUUAAUAGGUUUGAGUGCUCUUAAAUUAAAGCUCAUCUAACUGAUAAAUGGAUGAUUGAAAUGACAGAUUCCAUGGUUUAAAAAUUAAUCUAAGAUAGAAUGAGAAAAAAAGAAAAAGAUCCUGAUGAAAAAUUAUAAUUAACAACUAAUGAUAUUGUAAAUGAAUUAGAUUAAAGAGGAUUGAAAUUACAUAAUCCAUUUCAAUAUCCUGAAAUAGAUGCUAAUAAUCUAUAAAAAGUUAAAAAUGAUAUUUAAUAAUAAUGA